AAUGGCCGUUGCCACCGAAUAGUGUAACGCGUACAUGGUACUGUCGUGUAACUGAAAAGUUUAUUAUUUUCAGUCGGAGUAUCGUCGUCGCGCGUGCUCCGUGUGCGUUGUUUUCCCCUCGGCGAGGUGCGGCGGAUCGCGCCGGGACGCGGGACCGCGCGCGACGUAAAACUGCACGCGAGCGCGAAAAUUCCCAGGAGGAAAACACGGGGUGGCAAAACCGCGUACGCGGAGGACGCAAAUUGGUGACACAAACUCGCGCCAGCAGAAAGCCUAGCUAGUGUUUAUACGGUUGAGACACUUUCGUCGAAGAGAAAACGAUCACUCCAGCGGAGUUAUCUCGUGAGUGGAGGCGUAAUGUUGUGACAUUACACUCGCGACACUUUACAAGUAUUCAAGAAUGUCUGUGAGUUACUUCCUGGACUUGGGGUAGCGCGUUAACACGAGAGUACUGUCAUUCGCCAAGUUACUGUCGAUACCGUAUCCCGAAAACGUGUUGUCAUGGACAAGCAUAACGUCGCUACACCUAUAAAUGGAUAAGAUCCUGCAGCAGAUGCACUUUAAGUAUAAGUCGGGAUAUAUCCACGAUGCGAUUGCACAGUUGUUCUUUAAUGGAUAAAGUAGUUCGUGAGAGAACUACUUUCUGCGUACUGGGAAGCAAUGCCUAUGACAGCUACGAAUGGUUAGUGCCGGAGCAAGAUUUUUAAAGGUGAAGCGUUAACAGUAUAUGUGGAUACAAGUGGGUGCAACAAUUUAAGUGGAUACAACGGUGCUGCCUGAGUUUCGGAAGAGUUACGAAAUUGUAUGCAUGACAGGAACGGGAGACGUAGGCCGCAGACGUGUUGAGUGGCGCCGAAACGCCAAUAUUCCUCGUUGCAAUUACUAAAUAAUUUAGGAAAGAGCCAAAUAAGCUGGAAAGGUGGCUAGACGCUGCCCAUAGUAAAGAGGGGCUGCGUGGGCAUGCAGCAGCCUCAGUCACGCCCUCUUCUUGGGGACUCAGUAUCCUCUACAACUUCCCCGAAUGCGCGUCAUAAUAAUCCAGUUACUGUUUUGACCCAACAACAAUUGCAGCAAUUACAACAAUUACAAGCCCAAAAUAGCAGUGGCCAGUCGCUAACAUUUGCUUUGCAACAGACAUCAAAUAAUCCACAAGAGCAAGGAAAUGGGUCGGCAACUGGAAGUCACAUAGUCUACGUAAAUCAGUUGAAUCAAUUGAAUCAGAGUACCAUAAAUCCCUCGGGGACUGGUAUGGGCCUACCCCCGGCCACCCCCACUUUUGGGGUGGGCCUUAAUAUGGGAUUGCCACUGUCACUUCUAAAUACCAGUCUUACAUCUCUCACGUCCAAUGUUAUCACCACAUCAAAUCCUCUGCUGAAUUUGGGCUUGCCAAGUAUAAGCACAGGGAUAACCACGAUAAAUCCUAGCCUAAAUCACUUAAAUGCUAUCAAUUCCAAUCUAACGUCCAACAUUGGUUCAAACAAUAUUAAUAACAGUUUGUCCAACUUGGGGCAAGAUUUGAAUAGCAUUAAUACGGGGGUGAAUACUGGAAUAAACAGGCUCAAUACGAUAAAUUCUACGAAUAUUAAUUCUGGGCUAUCUGGAGUGAGCACUGGGCUGUCAGCUCCAAAUUUGACAAGUCUAAACUCAUCGAGCGUGAAUCAGAAUCUUACUACAUUGAAUACCAAUUUAACCGUCGCGAAUUCCGGCGUAUCUGGUUUAUCUGCUAUUAAUCCGAAUACAAAUUUGACUACCACCAGUAUAAAUUCUGGUGUGAAUCAAGGUCUCAAUCGACCAGCAAAUGCCCUGGCAACUAGUUUGACACCAACUAGUUUGAAUUCCAGCAGUGCACAGUUUCCAUUCCAAACGAUACAGAGUAUUCAGACUAUUGCACCACACAUUGCAUCGUCAAAUAUAAAUGUACCAAACUCUGCUAUAUCGCAACAUCCUAAUUCAAACAUCUCACAAAUCUCCAGCUCUGGAACUCUGACCAGUUCCAGCAUAUUCACGAGCACUCCCAGCGAAACGAUUCAUGCAACUACUGCAAAUGUGAAUCACGCUUCAAACGUGAAUCUCACUACGAACAUACCGCACCUAAUGCACCCUUUAUCGAAUAUAUCAACGUCAAAUGUACAACAUAUAUCCGCGUCCAAUGAAUCGACCAUGUCAUUGAGUCAUGUUUCUUCUUUAAGUUCCUCCCAGUCGACUGGAUUUCAACCACAGCGACAGUAUUCACAGGGGAUAAGCCCUGGGUUAAGUGCAUCAGUAGCAUUAACAGGCACAACACAACCGUCGAAUGUGGUCAGUACUAUGAAUACUGUUAAGUCUAUGCAAAAUAUACAAGGUCAAAACAUUAGUUCGCCGGGCAGCCCGUUUUCAAUACCCUUGAAAAGUCCAGCGUCUAAUAUAGCACCGCCUACGCCGAGUCCUAGCCCUAAUCGACUUUUACUUAGAAGUCCGGCUUCGAACUCGAUACAAUCCAAUCGGAAUAGCCCGAGCCCAGUGAGCACAUCGACUUCGAACAGUAACUUUAACAUGCAGAUGCAAAGCCCCAUGCAGAGUCCGAUGAGUGUUAGCCAAAUACAGAGCCCUGUACUUAGCCCGUAUCCCCCUGCAAAAAGUCCUCAUCUAUUAAGCGGGAAUAAUUCUCUCAACAAUAGAAGCCCAGCACCUGGAGGUAGCCCUGGUCCACCUGUGGUUAGGCCUAAUACACCCAUAUUACAGCAAGGAAUGCAGGUGUUACAAAUAAUUCAUGGUACACCACAGGGUUAUCAAUCUGCCCCAACUCAGCUGGUAACUAGGACACAGUUAUUUGGAAAUCAGCAAAUAAUAGCGGCGAGUAAGCCCACCAAGCAACCACCGCAAAUUUUGCCAAAACCACCAAAUCAGCAAACUAGUACAACUUCUCAACAAAAGUCACAAAGAGUUACUACUACAAUUACAAAUCAGGUAACUCAACAGAGUCAACCACAAAUUGUUCUUGCUGGACCGCAGCCAAGUCCUACUACAGCAACAAUGAUUCCAACAGCACAGGGUACUGUGCUACUGAAUCAGGUAUUGCCGUCUACUGGACCUGUCAUUGUACAGCAGCAACCAGGAGGCGUUCAACUCAUACUAAGGACGCCUGCAGGCGCGCAGCAACAAACGCAUACCGCACAGUUAACGCAACAACAAUUGGUAAGGGUUGUCACAGCGCAAGGUAUGCAACUGCAGGGGCUGCAGGGGCUUACUGCUGCACCCACCACAUUUUUCGCUGUACCUAACGGAUUUCCUUCAGCUGCUUCUCCAGUAAUAAGGCAUACUCCAUCUAGUCCAGCGCCAUCUAAUUCCGGAACUAGCAAUCCCAUCGUAAUUCAGAAUGCUAUGGUACAAAGUUCUCAAUCGCAAAUCCCACAAGUCACAUCUGGUAACACUACUGGUAACAAUACUUCAUGCACGCAACCUGUCUCGGAACAAAAUCUAUUGCCGCCUCCUAAGAAGAAAGCAAAAAAGAAGAAGAAAGCCAAACGGAAAGAUGACGAACCAAAGUUAGAUCUUGCCCGUAUUAUAAAGAUAUCGGGUAUCGUGGAUGACGAUGAUAUUUUUGAUCCUGAGCUGACACCCGAAACCGAGGUUUCCGGUCAAGUACAGCAAAGCGAAACUAAUUCUGGGCAAUCUUUAGUCCAACUUUCGCAAGGGACAGCUCCUGUCAGCUCUGCUCUAACUCAAGUACCUGGAACAAAUACAACGAACACACAAGCUACUGUAUCGCAGCCGGUUAACAAUCAGCUGGUCGCCCAACUCCAGAUGCCUGUACAAAAUUCAAUAACGGGACAAUUUCGUUUAUCAAUUGGAGAAGACGGGAAACAACUUAUUUUACAUCACACCCCCGAACCGAAUCAACCCGAGAUAGAUUCGGCGACCGCGCAAGCUUUAAUACGAACCCUGACUCAAGGCAGCGGUCAAAAUUCGCAGAUUAUCUCGCAGUUCUUCAGCCAAGCACAACCAACGCCACAAUCUACUCAAAGUACAACCCAGCAAAGGCAAAAGUACGUCAAAUCUCCUUUAUCUAGCGGAGGUCCAACUUCAACCAAUACUAUAAAUUCUACUUGCUCACAAAAUGUCACUUGCACUACUAGUCCGCAUCAUGGCCAGAUAUGUUCGAAGCCGAUUAAUCAGCAGAAAAAUACAAACGUCGUUCCUCAAGAGACUAAUUCGCUACCUAAUGUUUACAUUCAAAGCAGCCUCGGAUUACAAGAGAUACGAGAAACGAAGAACCUGAUCAACGUAAAGAACCUGAAAAUGUUAAGCGUGGCAGAGCAAGCUAAGAAUUUGAAUUUUCCGUUUACAUUGUCAACGAGCGUACACACUCCGCUGAACGCCCCGGAUGUCCUACCUACGAAGCCUUCCGCUACUAUACUUGGCAUCCCUGGCCCUCGAAUGCCUAAUGCGAGUCAAGCAAAUUCGAGUCAACAAAAUUCCAAUCUUUCUCUACAAAAGUCUAGUCAGGCACGACUCGUGAACACUUGCGUGACAAAUGUACGACAGAAAUUGGGAAAGCAACCGCAGCAACGGCAACACACCGUUCACGUGCAGAAAUCAUUAUUACCUAGUACUUCGGUAGCACAAAACGAUCAUGUGUCUAAAACUAAUCAGAGCCUUCAGCAAACGAAUCAACAAGAGAGUCUAACGCUGCAGCAGGAGUCGCCACUAUUUCAACAUAAUCAACAGAUCACCGCGCAAACUGUACAAACUCAAAAUGUGCAACAAAUAUUUGAACAAAAUUUACAGAGCUCAAACAUUCAUCACAAUUCCAUGAAUAUACUGCAGCAGCAAAGUUCUUGCAACACUAUGCAGCAACACGAUACUAUGAAUGUUUUACAUUCAAGUAUUCAACAAAAUACGAUUAACGUGUUGCAACAAAAUACAGCUGGCAACGUGCAGAAUAUAGAACAAAGUUUGCAGUCGGGUAUCAAGGAUAUAGCCCAUGCGCAGCAGAACGUCAUGACUAGUUUGCAACAACAAAAUACGUCUGCUGUUUUACACAAUACGAGCGUCCAGCAAAAUGUGAAUGUUCAGCAACAAAAGGUAGUGACAGCGAAUACCUUCUCUUCCGUUAAUGCGCAUCACUUCGAGUCUCAAAAUUCGGCUAACGUCGUGCAACAAGGAAUCAAUCCGCAACAAAACAAUCAGAAUCAGAAUAUCUUGAUUACAAACACUCCUACCUCUAACACUUCCAAUACCACCCAACAAAAUGAAUCUCAAAAUGCCGAAUCCCAAGGUGCAAAUAUACUGAACUCGGCGGCGAACAAUAUACUGAAUAACGCGCCUAAAAUCACGCCCGAAAUUUUAAAUGCGCUGAGAAACUUGAAUCCCAACGACCAACUGCUGAUCGCAAACGCGAACGGUCAGAUGCAGGUGAUCAGUCAGCAACUCUUGCAGCAACUUUUGGCUGGACAAUUAAACGCGACGCAGAAUCAGACGCAGAAUCAAAAUCAAACACAGAAGAUAGUAAUUGGCGAGCCGGAUGCAAACAAUCAGAACUUGCAAGGGGUUCAGAUCAACACUCCGACGAGCCAAAUAAUCGUGAAUAGUUCCGGUGGGGCUCCAACUAUUCAAAAUAAUAUUCAGAACAUUGUGGUACAAGCUUCACCGUCCCAGAUACCGCAACAUAUACAAAUUCAAAAUUCUGGCUUUCCUAACCAAUUUAUUGACAACCUGAAUCAACAACAAAUUAGAAAUUUAGGCAACAAUCCACCAAAGAAGGCGAAAGUCGUGAAAAAGAAAGUUGCUGUUACCGCUCAAAGCAUUGUAACACAGACGAAGACAGUAACCGUUACUCGACCAACUAUGGUUACGGCGAAUACGUCCAAUGUGCAAAAAGUUGACAAUUCUAAUAAAACAAAUACGACGGUAUCUCAUAAUAUAAAUCUCACUAAGAGCGAAUCGACUCCAAUCAUUACCAAUGGUCCUUUGAUUUCGACUUCUGCCGGUGGUCACGUAACAGUUCCCUCAAAUGGCCAAGUGGUACAUAGAGUACAAACUAUUCAGCUCCCUGCUCAGUUGCAGCAAUCGCUGAAAAACAUUCAUUUACAAAUCCAAGCUAUUUCGGCUCGAAAAUCUAAUACGUCAUCGCAUGAUCCGGUGUUGGCGAAAUUAUAUCAGGAGCAAGCAAGGAUAAUAGCCAGUGGAAAAGUCGUUAGCACUACUACACAACCUUUCACUAGCACUGCCGAAACAAUGUUCAGUGUAGUUUCAUCAGUUGCGUCAAAUAUACAUUCACAAAACUCAUUCAAGAACCAGACGUCAGCGGCGCAAACGCAAACACAAACUUCCACUACUGCUAUGCCAGCAACAUCUCAAACUCCAAGUCUAAACAUUGUUACGUCUGUAACAAUGCCGAGUAGCUCGAAUAAUAGUUUCAUUAACAAUAUAACGGUGUCGCAAGGUGUGCAAGGACAACAAUCGGGUAUAUCGAACACUGUAACACAGAGCAUGCAUCAGACUAAACAGAAUAAGUUUUAUCAGAAUCACGGGACUCAGAUAUUGAAUCCGUCCUCCGCGAACAUUCAAAUCUUCUCGCCGCCGAUCACCUCUGUGGCAACUCAGCAAUUACAGAGCAACGCACAACAAUUGACUCAAGUUCAGACACAGCAGCAGCCAGGCAUACAAUGUCAACAACAAUCGACGCAAUGUCAGACAGAUCCAUUGGACUUUAAACCAAAUAUACAGACACCGAGUCCUGUGAAACAGGAACUCUCGUCUCCUAUCCAAGUUCAAGUUCAAAGCGGCUCUCCUGCAAGUCAAGUAACCUCGCCUAGAAUGAUAAGCAAGGGAACACAGAGGAUUCAGAGUCCUGUAAAUACCAAUGGAGGCGCAGUGAAGCAACUUGUCAGUCCUAACAGCAGCACCAAUCCUUUGAUAAGUCCAAGGCAAGGCGUAAAAAGGCGUGCGACUAGCCCGAUUUGUAGGCAAUUGAACCGCGGCGAUUUAAUGGAACAGCAGCUAAAAAUCGAUCAAAAUGGUGCAACCAAUCCGGAUAUGAAUACACCAUUCUCAGGCAAGCGUGAUGCUUGCAAACGUUUGGUAAGGUAUCAUUGUCUAAAUGAGCAAGUACUUGGACCUAAAGAUCUGACGAAAGCGGAUGAAAUAUUUGAAGAGACAGCAAAACAUUUGUUGAGCAAAUUCAACUGUAUGAUAAAUAAAUACACGUAUCUUCUCCUAAUGGAAAGCAUGCGCGAAGUGAGAACGUCGGAAUUGAUGAUGAUUGAUAGGACUUUUGUGGCUGAAGAGCAAAGUAUUCUUAAUAGGUUACGGGAACAGGAGGCAAAGCUUAAUGAAGAGCUUAAGAAAGAAGAAAAACCGUUGGUGCCAAAAGUUGAACCUGGCCUUGUAGAAGAGAAUAAAUCAACAUUAACAACGUCGUCAUCCUUGGUGAAUGUGUCUGUAAAGCGUGAAUUAGAAGAUAAUUUCCCAAAUGAUGAGGUGGAAUGCAAACCAGUGAUUAAGACGACAAGUAGUACUAACAAUAGUGGCGAUUACGACGAGUGGUUGGAGAUCCAGAAAGAACUGGGUGUAUAUCCGUCUACUGCAGACACUUUAAAGUGUAAAAACGGCAAUAACAGUGGUAGUAGUGCAUGUGCUGUUACGAGAUCAUCGAAAAUUGAAAGAACGCGAGCAAACGGCGAGUGUCUCCGUACGAAUGUUUCAAAUACAAAUGUACCCGGUGUCUCGAAUGCGAUUAUGAAGGACGAUUGCGAGCAGGAUGUAAAUACGCCCUUCGACAGACGUUGGUGUAGUGCCACUGAUCUCGAACGGGAUUUGUCAGAGGAUACCGACUUGGAUGGAUUGGCUUUGCAUUCGCAGACACAAUGUCCAAGCAGUACCGCCCCGAAUGUAACGAGUAGCGAGAGCGGAAACACCGGUAACGAGCAUAAAAUCAAUGAGCAUGUACAGUCCGCCAUCGACGGCAUUCUUAAUCUUAAGGAACGUCCUGCGAAUACCCUGUCGGGCAGUGGUAACGGCAGUUCGCAAUCCAGCGAUUCGAGAGACACUGCGCUGGACCAAGCGGUCCGCAGCAUUUUAAGCUCGUGACCCUCCUUUAGCAAAGUAUGUUAAGAAGUGAAAGUUGAUAGUUGAAUCAAGCUAAUUAAUGCAUCUUAAGAAUUUUAGAGAGACUAAGAUCGUCGAUUUUUCAUGGUUUUUGUGGAUAUCAUUGAGAUCUACCUAUCAUGAGAACUAUGUUUUUAGUAUUGAUAACAUCGGGUGAACUAUGUUUCCGAUACUGCAUAUCUUGGAGAGCACACAAAUAUAAUUACUAAAUUAUUUGUAUAAAUCAUACGUGAUCUUUAUUAUUUUAUUUAUAUGUUAUUCAGCAGAAGGCAAACUGGAUCGCGCAUACAUGUUGUGCGGCAUGAUACCGAACAUUUUGAAUAUUUCUCAAAGAAUUCUGUUCUACAAUGGCAAUAAUUAUUCAUAAUAUACAAAACAUGUAUACUUUCCAGUAGUCUAGCUGUAAUAAAGCCACCGCAUAAAUCUAUAAUUAUAGCAGCUGUACAUGUGAAUAGAUUAGAUAGAUAACUCGCUCAGAAUUUUCAAUAUGCCACUUUGUAAUGUAAUUUUGUAAAAAGUAAUUAUUUAAAGCAACUUAUUCCAAUUUAUCUGUAGUACUUGUAGGCGAAUUAUUGAUACUUAAAAAAAAAAUGGGUCGGUGAAUAUUGUACAUACGUUUCAAGAUAUAUUAUUAUUACGGUAAUAUUAUUGUAUUAUUGUUAUUGAGAUUUAUUCUCAGAAUUAUUAUUAUUAUUAUUAUUUACAAUUAUUACGAUUAACACCAUCAUCAUUGGAACAUGUGGGAAAAGCAAAGAGAAAGUAGUAGCAUAAGAGACUGACAUGUAAAAUCGUGGGAAAAUGCGGAAUGUAAAUUAAUAACAAGAUACAGGGUAAUUUGUUAUCGAUGAUGCAAUCGAAAAGGUGAUAAUCCUGAAAAGACAAAUCGUAAAUAUCGAAUAAAGUUUUUUCACAAGACUUUAUAUUUUCAGAAAUAGUCUCCUACAAAAAGUGUAGAAUACGAAUAGAUUUCUUCGUAGGUUCACUCUUCACAAAUCGGUUGUGUCGUCGAUAACAGAUUAUUUUGUACAAAAAGGAGAAAGGGAAUAGAUAGCAUUUAUGCAUGCUUAUUUUGGAUUCAUUUCUAUUCGACAUAGUAAUAUAUGCAGUCUCAAUGUCAAGACGCAAAAUCAAAGAGAUAAAAAUGUUUCUAAAUGAUGUAUAGGGUUUUCCUUUUUUUUUAGCAUCACAUAUGGAUUCACAAUAUAGGUAUGUGGGUAAUUGACGGAAGGUAUGUUGGAGAGUGCAUGUGUGGAAAAAGGAUAAUCACAUAAUAAAUCUGAUUAUUUGGGAAUGUCUCUAUAGCUAUCGAUAAGAAUCAACAUACAUUCCUGUGGUCAAUGUAUGGUUUAUUUUUAAUUUUAUGUAUUUUAAUUACACGAUAUUGUCACAAAAAUAUUCCUAUUUAAAAUUAAGAAAAAAAGAUUGUUACCUUGAAAUUCAUUUUUCUGCUUUUUAACAAAUUGAUGCUCCUGUAAAAUGCAAAGAUGAGAUCUGUGUAUCUUCUGCGAGAUGAAGUUUUAUUAUGUGAACUCGAUUGCGCGUAUUCUUUUUCUACAUAUAUCUAAAACAACUCUCUGAUGACAGCGGAAACGGAGCGUUUUCUGGCAAAAGCAAUCCAAGACUGACGUAUAUACAGAAAAAAAAAACAAGCAAAACUAUAAUGUAAUGUAUUACAUUAAGGAAUAAUAAUCGUUUGUACAUACAUAAUGUUCAAUUACACACUCUCGACGGCAAUCGUGACUUAAUGAAUUCUUCACAGAUUUCAAAGAUUUGCAUAUAUUGAAAUUCUUUUGAUCCUAAUAAAUUGCCGAAUAUUUCACGAGUAUGUAUGUAUGUAUGUACAUCAUCCUACAUCCCCAUCUGCGAAGUUCGGAUCACGUGUGUGUUUUUUCGCGAGUUUGCAAUUAUUGCACGUUAACAAACCGAGAUUGUUAACGGUACAACCGCUGGCGAGAGUGAAGACAAAUGGUACAGUGAUAAUAUAUUAUAAAUAUAAUUUAAACAACAUUUUAUUUUUCAUUUGUUUAUCAGUAUACCCAGAUUUAAAAAGAAAACGUAUCAUUGUUUAUAAUCAUAGUUCUAUAUAUGUGUCGCAGAAUUAUACAAUCUUGUAACACAAUUCAAUCUUUCUUUUACGAUAUUAUUACUUCGAAUUAUUUUUACGUAAUAUAGACGAACAGCAGAUGAAAUAAUAGUAACGAAAUUCAAUACGAGCGUAAUUUGUAAGUCGAUGCGCGAGCAUGAUGAUCGGAUGAUGAAAUCCUGUGUUUUUGUAUUUUGCAGAGGAGAGCGUUUGUGCUUAACGAAACGGGACAUUGUACAUUGCGUGAAGUUUUUUAAAGCCGAUAAAAAUUUCGUGCACCAUGUACUUAAAACUGUCGUCUCAUUUCACAUCUUUUCGAGCAUUUUUAUUAUUUCUAUUAUUUCUCCAUCAUUAAUCGGAACUGAGUUUGCUCUUGAUUUUGGAUUCACGAGACGGAUAACAGCGGUUUACCUCAAGAGUCAAGGAUCCGAAACCGGUAUAAUUCCGAAAUGAAAGAAUCCAACUCUUUUUCCAGCGUAAAAAAAAUUUGCGGAGGUCGCAAAUUGAAAAGAAUCGAAUGCCGAACGCCGCAAUUUUGUGAAUUCGUAAGAACCAACGUAUAGGAAUCACGAUUGGAUGUAAUUUAUAAAUCGAAAGGAUAAUGAAAAUUAUAAUAAUUAUAUUUGUAUUUAUUUAUUAUUGCGUUUAAAUAUUUUUUAUGCGCACGCAGAUUUAUAUAACGAAUACAUUUAUUUGACGCAA